AUUACCCAGUUCAAAAUCUCAUUCACUCGUCCUACACUGUCGCUUUUUCGCUCCCGAUACCCACUCGUCAAACUCUUGCAGCCGCCGAACAACUUGCCACAUUGCCACACUGCCACCGCCGAGCGCCGAUCUCACAGCCUUACUGAGUCUUUUUUUUUUUCUCUAUUGCUCUCGUCUCCAAUCUCUCAGCCUCUCACCAUCUCCAUCUUGUUCAGGAAGAAAAAAAGAGUUGGGAAAAGCUGAAGCCUUUCAAAAUCUAAGAACAAGAAGAGAAGGUGAAUCUGUGGGAGAGUGUGACUAACUGCUGGCUGUAGCUGACAGCUGACUGAGUUGGACUACCUGCAGCUGUUGGGUACCAAACAAAAACCCAUUUCAAUUUCAAUUAACACUGGUAAGAAGUACGAGGAGCUGGGCUUUGAGAUACGAUGAUUGCUGUGCUGGUAUUGAUCCUGGGUGUUUUAUUGGGAGCUUUCAUUUUAAUCCCACAAGUCCAUAAAUCUGGUGGUACAAAAAAAGUUGAGUCAACUGCUAGCAAUAAGAAGGUAUCCAAAAUCUACAGUAAAGCUGACGUCUUGGUGCAUAACAAGAAAACUGAUUGUUGGAUCAUCAUCAAGGACAAGGUUUAUGAUGUUACCUCGUACGUAGAGGAACAUCCAGGUGGUGAUGCCAUCUUAGCACAUGCUGGUGAUGAUUCAACCAAAGGGUUUUAUGGGCCACAGCAUGCAACCCGAGUCUUUGACAUGAUUGAUGACUUUUACAUUGGAGAUUUGGAGAGGUAAUCGGUUGCAACCAUUGGUCCGUAAACAAGAAUAAUGUACUUUCAGAAUCUUAUUGUUCUCUUGGGGUUUUUGCCUUAUUGAUGACUUCUACAUUGGAGAUCCAGAGAACCAGAGCGGUAGUUAAUUAGUAAAUUGACGAGGGAAACAGCUCUGUUUCAAAACCCCUCCAAUAGCAACACGUCACAUUACCUUUUCACUAGUAUAUAAAAUUCACAUGCCUCACACAAUCUCUCCAUCUUAAUAAAACCCAAUUUUAGAAAAUACAUUGGUUAAAUUACCUAUUUGGUCCCAAACUUUACAUUGUGUCAA